AUGCGCAGGGCUGGAUACGGUACCGUUUUGGACCCAAGUUCAGUGAACUCGUUACUCCCUAGAGCUGCUUUUGGGCACUGGGAGGUUGUUGAGCUCUCCUGCCGUAGCCAGAAGCCGGUUUUCGGGGAGUCUCCUAGGUCGGGUUCUGCUGCUGCAUCCUCUCGGAAGAGAGCAGUUCUGUUCGGAUUAAGUUUGCACCUCUGUAUUUCAAAAGUAAUUUCACAAGUAAUUUCACAUUUGAAGAGACUAACAAUUCCUGUUUUUGCCAGCAAUCAAGUUGAAGAAACGUUCCCACUACUUAAAGAGGUACCUGCAAACUAUAUUUAUUCAACCAUCCCAAUGGGAUUUUCCCUUAGUAAAUCUGCUACUCAGGUAUCUGCUAUGCAUAUGGAUUCAAAAGUGGAUGAUCAUUUGAUGCGAGGGACUGAGAAAAGCAAGUUGGAACCAGUGACUCAAUUAUUUCAAAACACCAAGAAAAUAAGAUUAGAAGACACAAACCAAGAACACUUUACCAGAAGUAAAGAGAUUGGCUCAGGAUCUCUUUCAGAGAAAACCUUGGGUUCUGUGGUAUAUGUUAAAGAAAAUGAUGGAAUAGAAAUGACAGAUGUGGAAUGAAGUUAUUUGUACAUACUGCCAAAGAAACCAGAAUUUGCUUUUGACUAAGAGAGCAUGUUGAAUGAGAACUUAACCUUAUCAGAAAAACCUAACAAAAUGAAGACAAUUGCUUAUUUUUCACUAUUUAUGAAUCAUAUUAGACUUCACUUUUUUGAUACAUAUUCAAAAAAGUUAAUGUUUUAGGGGAAAAAAACUUUCCAAAAUUCAAAGCAAAAUUUUCUGGUA